CAACCAACUACUUACCGUCGACUGCCAUGACUAAUUAUAUUAUGAUCCUCUACCCAAUUAACCUAUUAAUAGAUUGUUGAAAUGGCUUCUAUGGACAUCGACGACAUCCUCGCCUCCGUCGACCGCGACAACUUCACUUCCCCCGAAUCCACCGCGCUGGACCACCAGCAAUUAACGCGUCUAUGGAUUGCCGAGCGCGCCGUUUCAGAAGUCCUGCCAUGGCCGGGGCCGUUAAUGGAGAGAAUGAUGGAGAGGGUUAGGAGGCAGGUCGAAACAAUAGAAGACCUAACCGCCUCCUCAUACGACGACUCCUCACUGCAGAAACAAAACCAAAACCAAACCCUCAACCUCAAACUCUCCAUCCUCCAAACCGACCUCUCCCGCACCCAAUUCCUCAUCCGCUCUUUCCUGCGCCAACGAAUAGCCAAACUCACCAAAUUCGCCAUGUACUAUCUGAUGCGGAUAUCGCCCAAGCCAUCGUCGACACCGUCGCAACCACAAUCCUCCAAUACCAGCAGCAAUAACAGCAACAACAGCAACAUCCGCACGCAAGAUACAAUACCGAACCCAACAACGCCCGCAACAACCGAUCCGGCGCCGCUUUCCACCGACGAAGCUCGUUUUCUAUACUCGCAUCAGUAUCUACUAGCCUCGCAUUACGGCGCGUCCUUCCUCGCCUCCUUCCCGCCGCAACUCAGACGGCUGGAUGAUAACGCCGGCGGGACGAGUAUGGUACAGGGCCCAGAUACCAAGGAAGUUGUGUUUGUGAGGGUGUUGGUCGAUGAGGUUACCGUUGUGGUGCCGGCGGAUGAUACGCUCAAUGAGGAGACGUAUGGCACGACGAUGAGGAUUGGGGAGGUUUGGGUGGCGAGGUGGGAAGGUGUGAGGAAGGCGUGGGAGAGGGGGGAGGUAGAGGUUUUAUAGCCUGUUACUGUUUAAGGGGGUAUAUAUAUAUAUAUAUAUUGGACUUUUUUUUAUGAUGAUACGACAUAUACCAUCAGUCGGACAUACGUGGCGUCGGUGUGUUUUAUUUAUGGUUUUUUAUUUUAGACUACAUAUUGAGAUGGAAACUCAAUGACUGCAUCUUUUACAGCUGUUUUCAUUGUAUUUCGAGGGUGUUUGAAUUUUAGGAAAUUUU